UUAAAAAAAAAAAUCUAUGAUAAAAAAAAACUAAACAAAUAAUAACAAUAAUAAUAAAUUCUAAAAGAUAAUUUUUUACCAAACUCAAAUCAAAUUUUUAUAAUAAAAUGAAUAAUUCAGAUUCCGCUUAUUGUAGAUUUUGUGCAGAAAUAAAACCUGACAAUAAGAUGACAAAUUUGCAAUUAGAUGAUCAAAAAAGGGACGAAAUAUUCAGCAAACUAAACAGAUUAAAUGCAAAUAUGGACCUUUGUGACGAUUUGCUACCGAAAACCGUGUGUUUUGUAUGUAUUCACGCGUUAGACAAGGCAUACGAAUUCGUCAAUGGCGUGGAACAUGCCCAAACUGUUUUAAGCAGUAUUAUUUUAAAUCAAAUAAAGAAAGAAGACUCGUUAUCAGAUUCCGAAACAUAUUCGUAUGAAUUUCACGAUGAAGUUAAAUUCGACGAGAAUGAUAUCAAAUUGGAAUCUGAUAAAGUUAAUGCUGGAAUGAAUGAAAGUCGUUCUAAACAUCUUCGUAAUGGUACUGGCUGUUUGAUGAAGAAAAAUAAGAAAAAAAGACCUAGAGAGAGUGUCAAGAAUAGUUUAGAUGCUAUACCGUUGGCGCAGCUCAAACUAACUUGGAGAGACUAUAGUUGGACUUGUGCAUACUGCGAAACUCAAUUCCAAUCUGUUGAUGAGCUAAAACUUCAUUCAAUUCAAUACCACAAUUGUUGCAAUGCUUUUAAAUGUAGCGAUUGUAAUAUUCGAAAGUUAAAACUAGACAGCUUUGUUAUACAUGUAAAACGACAUAAGAAAUUCCUUAAAUUGUCUUGCUACAGCUGCUACAUGAGAUUUUCAAGUCCACACGAGGUUAAUGUCCAUAAAACUUGUCAUAUUACAUCAGAGUAUUCCUGUAAUGGUUGUAACACCAUGUUCGAGAGUUUAGAAGAGAUGAAUCAACAUACUUCUUUGUAUUUUAGAGAUAAACGCGUAAGAGAGAUCCCUAUGAUAAACAAUUUGAGUAAUAAUCUAACUUGUGUACUUUGUAAGAAAUCAUUCAAACACAAAGGCAGCUUGAAUACGCACCUUUUGAUACAUACAGAAAGAAAACGUGACCACACGUGCGAGAAAUGUGGGAAAUGUUUCUUGAAUAAACAAAAUCUCGCUGGUCACAUGUUGUUACAUAAUGAUAGCAGGCCCUUUAAAUGUGAGAUAUGUAAAGCGACGUUCAAAACAUCAGGACAUUUACGUAACCAUGUUGGUGUGCAUGAUGCACAGAAGCCAUUUGCUUGCGAUCAGUGUGGACGCUGUUUUCGUCUUCAGAAACAGUUAUCGUCUCACCGGAUAAUACAUACUGAUUUGCUUCCUUAUGUCUGUACUUAUUGUAAUAAAGGGUUCCGUUUCAAAACUAUUUUAAAUCAACAUAUACGUCUGCAUACUGGAGUAAAACCAUAUUCGUGUGAGCUCUGCCAACGAGACUUUACAAAUUGGCCCAAUUAUAAUAAGCAUAUGAAGAGAAGACAUGGUACGGACAUGUCAAAGAAGAAACACACACCAGACGGGGUGUAUCCGAUAAAUCCUAACACUGGGGAGGUUAUUAUAUACCCAGAAACGAAUAGUACACUGGAAUGGAAGAAGAAAAUGAUGGUGCAAAGAAGGCCUGGCCGGCCAAAAUUAAACCUUAAGGGUGAGACAACAGAUCUGGUAUUGCCACAACCUGAAAACUUGAGUAGGAAUAUUUCUAAUAGUGAUGCAGUCCAAGAAUAAAUAUAUAAAAAAGUAGUUUUAUUGUUAUAUGUAUUUAAAAUAAUUUAAAAUAUACCUAAACAGACUUUAAUAUAAAAUGCAGCAAUAUAAUUUUAUUUCUAUA